AUGUCAAAAUUAGCAUCACAAGCAAUGAUAUUAACUUCAUCAACUACAAAGGAAGAAAUUAAAACAUUACAUGGAAUGACAUUAAGUUCAGUAGUUUCUUUAUCUGUUUAUCCAAAACCUUUUUUACAAUUUAAUUUACAUUUACCUUCAUAUACUUCAAUAUCAUUAAAAGAAAAUAAAUAUUGUGCUAUUCAUUUAAUGUCACCUACACAAGAAAGUAGUAAAAUUGCAAGAAUUUUUGCUAAAGGUAAUAAAUUAAAACAACAAGAUGAAGAUGGUGAAGUUUUUCAUGAAAUGACUACUCCAUUUAAUGAAUUAACCGAUAAAGAUUAUGAAUAUUAUAAAAUUAAUGAUAAAGUUGAAAUACCAAUACUUAAAACUGGAGUUGAACUGAUAUUUAUAUGUAAAGUUGAUCAAUUUAUUCCAAUACAUGAUCACGAAAUUUGGAUAAUUGAAGUAAUUAAAAUUUUGAAUUUUAAUGAUAAAAAAACCGGUGGGUUAUUAUAUUACAAUAGAGGAUUUCAUAAAAUUGGAGAAUCAGUUGAGUAA